UUAAUAUGUGCAAUUCUUCUAUACGUAUUUCCACCAUUAUAAGAUGUUUAGUCUCUUGGCUCACAGGUGUCCUGUCCCAGAAGCCUCCCAAAAUAGAGGUGUACAGCCCGGUGACAGUGAGAGAGGGAAUGUGUGUCACGAUUCCUUGCAAGAUCCGCUUUUCCCCCUUUUUUUGGUCCCUCACUGCUAGCUGGUUCCGGGAAGGGGCAGACACUGCCCGAGAUAAGCCUGUGGCCACAAACCGGAAUCAGGAUGUACAGGAGGACACCCAGGGACGAUUCACCUUCCGCCAGCACCCAAUGAUACAGGACUGUUCCCUGAGCAUCACUGAUGCCCGGAAAGCAGACAGUGGGAAAUAUUUCUUGGAGGUGACCAUUGGAGAGUCACAGAAAUACACUUAUACGGAUUUAAAAGUUUAUGUGGAUGUGACAGCCCUGACCUUGAAGCCAGACAUUGAUGUUCCCCAAAUCCUGAAGUGUGGACAUCCUAUGACUCUGAAAUGCACAUUUCCUAAGGUGUGUCGGAUGGGAACACCACCCAUCUUCUCCUGGAGAGGAGCAGCCCUUUCCUCCCAGAAUCUUGACCAAGAGGUAACUUCUUUCUCAGAGAUCUCUCUGACUCCAAUGCCCCGAGACCAUGGCUCCAACCUCACUUGUCGAGCAACCUUCCCUAAAGUCAAUGUGAGCACAGAGAGGACCAUCCAACUUAACCUGUCCUAUACACCGAAGAACUUGAACAUCCAUGUUGAAUGGGGAAACAAGACAGGUAUUAUUAGGGAUCUGUGGGGAGGGCACCCUCUGCUUUUUAGAACAGACAGACUGACGUUUUCACAGAUGUCGGGGCUGGAGGAGGUCCCAGGAUGGAGCCUGGAUUCCUCCUCCAGUCUUGCUUCUUCAGGAAUGCUUCUAUGUCUGCUCUUGCUGCCUGUUGUCUGGGGGGAGAAGCUCCAACAAGAAGCAGAAUUCAGUCUGAAUGUGCCCGAAACAGUGACCGUUCAGGAGCAACUGUGUGCACAAAUUCAUUGUGACUUCUCCUUCCAUGAAAAGAACAAAACCAGAAACAAGAUCUUUUUCUCUUGGUUUCGGAAGGCAAAAAACGAUACCAACCUAGUGGCCACCAAUAUUCGCAAACCGAAAGUAUCUAAAAAUUUUACAAACUGUUUCAAGAUUGGGAAUUUCUUGAACAAUAAAUGCUCUCUGAUCAUCACGAAUGUUCAGAAAUCUGAUGCAGGAAAUUACAUAAUCAGUGUGAAGAGAGAAAAAUCUAAACCUGACUUUGAAAAGAAGGUGUUUGUCAUUGUGUCAGAUCCUCCCGAGACUCCAACCAUUCAGGUUCACCAAGAAAAUUGGACAGUCCUAAAGUUUCUGAAAAAUGAGUCAUAUCUGCCAGUCUUGGAGGGGCAGUCCCUGAGUCUGAGAUGUACCACUGACAGUUACCCAGCCGUCUCUCUGACUUGGACUAAGGGGAAGCAAAUUCUGACCUCCUCUGAGCUUUCGGCGGCUGGGCUUGUGAGCCUGCAACUUCCUCAGGUAGGGCCAGGUGACUCUGGAGAGUACAUUUGCCAGACCGAGGGCCCACUGAAAUCCAAGAAGGCGUCCUUGGUGAUCUCCGUGCAGUACCCUCCAAAGAUGUUCAACUCCUCUUGUUCCUGGACUGAGGAGGGCUUGCUCUGUACUUGCUCUGUCCAAGCUGAGCCAGCCCCCUCCCUGUACUGGUGGUUGGGGGACAACGCCGUCCAGGGAAACAGCAGCAAUAACACCUUCCAGACGGUGUCUACUACCUCAGGGGGCUGGACCAACAGCAGCCUGAGCUUGAGGCAAAAGCCAGAUCCUGCCUUCAGCCUCCGCUGUGAGGGGAAAAACCGUCAUGGGACACAGAGUGUCAGCAUCCUGCUUGUUCCAGACAGAACUACUCCAGACACUGGAAUGAACAUAAAAACAUUCGCCCUGGGAAUUUCCUGUGGAGCUUUUGUCAUUGGCUUCUUAUCUUUUUGCCUCCUUAUUUUACUGAAGAUCCAUAAGAGGAAGUCAACAGCGAUGAGGACCAAAGCAUCUGAAACUGAAGUCAAUGUGGGUGAUAAGCAUCUUCCCUCAGAGGCCAUCCCCUUGAAUCCAGAUAGGAUACUGAGAUCAAAACAAGCCCUGAGACCAGUAUCCCACAGAACAACAAGCUCCACCUCUCAGGAGGAACCAGAGCUGCAUUAUGCCUGCCUCAGCUUCCAGAACCUGAAAACCCCCAAUCCCCAGAAAUCUGCAUAUACUGGCACCGAGUAUGCUGAGAUCAAGUUUUAAGAAUGGUCGUUUUGAGGAAGAACAAUUUUCAUGUGUUGUUACUGAAAGAAAAACCAGAUGUGGUGUGAAUAGCACCUUAUUUUAACCAGUCCAUGAGGUUAUUUUUUAAAAACAGAAGACAGAAAAACAUAUUAUAGACUCAUAGUUGGGAGGGUUUUAGGAACACAGAAUAUCAGAACUGAAAUACAACUUAAAAUACAGAAUUUCUGAGCUGGAAGAGAAGUUAAACAUAGAACAUCAGAGAUGGGAGGGACCUUAACACAGUUUCAAGAAUGGAAGGGAAAUUAGAGUGGGAAGCAUCUUAGAACACAGAUUGUCAGAAAUGCAAGGACCCUUAGAACACAGAAUUUCAGAUCGGGAAGCAACUGUAUUCCAAGGGAUGGAGAGAAACCUUCAAGAGUAAUUUGGACUAGGAAAGAAUUUAGAGGUCACCAAAGUCAAAUUAUUAUCAGGCUGGAAGACACUACUAUCUAGCCAGCUGUAUGAGUUUAGGUAAAUCUAUUACUGUUCUCUAAAUCUCAAUUUUCCCAUCCUUAAGGAGUCAAGUUAGAUAAUCUUUAUGGCUCCUACCAGCUCUGAAGUUCAAUAUUCUUUGUUUUGGGGAUGCUUGUGUGUGUGUGGGGGGGGGUAGUUUCUAAGACAGAUGUAAUUUUAAAAAAAUAACCUUUCAUUGAAAUGUACAUGUAGUUUCAUAAAUA